UUUAACGCCCGCCCGUCCAUAAAUCUCCUUCGCUGGCUUUGUCUCUUGUUCCUAACUGCUCGGACAGAGCGAGUCGUCGUUGAGCUGUGGAAUCCUACUCCGGCUUCCUCUCGCGCCUGUACCAUGGGCCUCCUGGACCAUCUCUGGGACGACACCGUCGCCGGUCCCCCGCCGGAGACGGGCCUCGGGAAGCUCCGUAAAUUGAAAAGCUUCGGCUCCGGAGCCAACUCCGGCAAGGAGUCGAACCCCAAUGAAGCAGUGAAGAUCUCGCGGAGCAUUACCAUAGUCAAACCGCCGGGGUACCAGCCUGGUUCGACUCCGGCGUCUCCUGCUGGCUCAACUCCUCCGGUAUCUCCUUUCUCUGGUGGUUCGGGCAGUUUGACUCGGUUCCGGAGGAGAUCGACCUCAGAUGCAUACGAGAAGACCAGGGAGAUCAUCCCCAGGAGUCCCUUUGACAUAUGAGAGACAAGACAAGAUAUAUCUAGCUAACCGCUUACUGGCCACGAGAAACCUUAGGAUGAUCCCGCCCCCAGGACGACGUAUGAAGCUAUCAUGUCGUGCAACUAGUUCUUGUAAUUCUGUGUAUGCACCUAGUUAGUACGUAUGCCAGCUAGCGACCGGUGUGUAUAAGUGAUCAAGGGUUGUGUCAUGUGAAUAGUAUUGUACCUCUCCCGCUCUUCGACUUCCGUUUACUAUGAAAAAGUUUCUCUCUUGUCAAGAUGUAUGGACGUUCCUAUAA